GUGCCAACUGAUGUGUCUCGUACUGUGCACGGUGUCUCUGGGAAUGUACCGCUAACAUACAAGGUUCCUUGAAUGCAGCGUUUUCCCAAGCGGAUGUGACGUAUGACGUUGCCGUUGCAAAACCACUCUUGCGCAGUUUGACAGAUAAAAAUGGCGACCUCCAUACGUCUCUUCACAUCUCCCGGAAUAUGUUUGUUACGCAGAUCUUUGCUGGAGCAGAAUCGUCUGCGCAGACUCACCGCUGGACCGCACAGACUCUUGGCGACAAAGGCUGCUCACCAAGUGGCUUUAAAUGUCCCUGAAACAAAAGUCACCACUUUAGAAAACGGGUUCCGUGUGGCUUCUGAGGACUCCGGGCUUUCAACGUGUACGGUGGGGCUCUGGAUUGAUGCCGGCAGUCGUUACGAGAAUGAAAGAAAUAACGGCACGGCGCAUUUUCUGGAGCACAUGGCGUUUAAGGGCACCAGGAAGCGGUCUCAGUUGGACCUGGAGUUGGAAAUUGAGAACAUGGGGGCACAUCUAAAUGCGUACACGUCUCGGGAGCAGACUGUGUACUAUGCCAAGGCCUUCUCCAAGGAUCUUCCAAGAGCUGUGGAGAUCUUGGCCGACAUCAUCCAGAACAGCACAUUAGGUGAAGCCGAGAUCGAGAGGGAACGGGGUGUGAUUCUCCGAGAGAUGCAGGAAGUGGAGACUAAUCUGCAGGAAGUGGUUUUCGAUUACCUGCACGCCACCGCAUACCAGUCCACGGCGCUGGGCAGGACCAUCCUGGGUCCAACCGAGAAUAUCAAGACGAUAAACAGAGGGGAUCUGGUUGAGUACAUCACCACACACUACAAGGGUCCGAGAGUAGUACUGGCUGCUGCUGGAGGAGUUUCUCACAAUGAGCUCAUUGAUCUGGCCAAGUAUCACUUUGGAAAGCUUCUCGGCAGGCGUGAGAGCGAUGCCCCGACACUGCCGUCGUGUCCCUUCACAGGAAGUGAGAUUCGUGUAUGUGAUGACAAGAUGCCGUUGGCUCAUAUCGCUAUUGCUGUGGAGGCCGUUGGAUGGUCACACCCCGACACCAUCCCUCUCAUGGUGGCAAACACGCUGAUUGGAAACUGGGACCGCUCGUUUGGCGGAGGAGUCAAUCUGUCCAGCAAACUGGCUCAGAUGGCGUGUCAAGGAAACCUGUGCCACAGCUUCCAGUCCUUCAACACCUGCUACACCGACACGGGCCUGUGGGGGCUCUACAUGGUGUGCGAGGCCGGCACCGUCAAAGACAUGAUGCACUUCACCCAGAAACAAUGGAUGUCGCUAUGCACCAGCGUCGGCGAGAGCGAGGUGGCUCGAGCUAAAAAUCUCCUCAAGACAAACAUGUUACUGCACCUGGAUGGAUCCACCCCCAUAUGCGAGGACAUUGGCAGGCAGAUGUUGUGUUACAGUCGAAGGAUACCUUUGCAUGAGCUGGAGGCCCGAAUUGAUGCGGUUGACACUUCCACCAUCAAGGACGUAUGCACCAAACAUAUCUUCAACAAAGCUCCUGCCAUUGCAGCUGUUGGUCCAAUUGAACAGCUUCCUGACUACAAUCAGAUUUGCAACGGGAUGUUCUGGAUGAGACCCUGAGUUCAUUUCAAACGUAUAAAAGGAAACAAGCAUUCAAGACCAUAGUAUUUUUUUUUUGUUGUUCUUUUCAUGAUUUUAUUAUAAAAUAAAGACCAACACAAUACUGUUAUAAUAAUGACCAUAGACAUAUUGUCUUUGC